ACAAGGGUAUAUAACAAAAGCAACCACUAGAAAUGGCAUGAGGAUCUGGCAUCGGACUUGGUUCUUGAGGGAUAUCUUGAGCUCAACCCUGAACCCUCUCUACAAUAUAGGCAGCAUAGGCGACCUCCUCCUGGAGUAAGAUCCAAGCCUCUUAGAAAUACAACCCAGAGUCGACAGAAUGGGUACAUUUCUAAGCACUACCGGCUUCCAGCUUGCCGUAAACAGAGUAGCAAUCAUGUAGUAGAACGAAUUCCUCGGCAGAAACUCUGUCUUUUACCAUUUUCUCCAAUCUCCACAUAUUUCUCCUGACCUUCGCACUUCCUUUUUACAUUAUCCCCAAGCCCCCCAACAGUCUAAAAUCCACCACAGUUUUUUUCAAUGUCAAUUCUGCAAACUUCCCCUUUGUAAAGCCUUUUGCUUUGAUUUCUUUCAUAAAAGCUAAUUCUAUUCUUCUAAGUAUAAUCUCUUUUGUCAUACUAUUGGUAAGUCAGAGGAGGUAGUUUCCGCCAGGUGGGGUUUCCGUAACUUUUGUAUUGGUCCGUGCUUACCACCCACCCCCUUUGUUCAAUUCGAAUUAUCUACAUCAGAACCACCUAUUUCUAUAGGACUUUCAGCGGUAGACCCUUCAGAAUUGGUCUCCGAAGCUGAAUUCUCUGCCUUAACCCCCCCAGCCAGCUUUGACUCGGCGCAUUCAUAGCACCUGUACACAAGCAUUGUGCAAGUCCUUUUCACUGUGUAUGUGAACCACGGUGCUGAGGAUCACAGAAUUGAAGAGAGUAAAGAAAACGGAUCAGAAUUGAAUACGUGGUGUCCAAAUAUAUCGAGGAGGUUGGGUGGCAUACAUUGGUUGUAUGGAACAUACGGAAACCCCCCCUGGCGGAAACUCCCCCCUCCGACUUACCUUGAAGUAGUUGCAGGCGCGGGGGAAUGGGAAACAGGAUUAAUCCUCAAACUGGUAUAGCUGUCGAUGUAGCGUGGUUGCUAUCCAGCACUAAUAAAACUCAGAUCGCGCUAAAAGGGCCUGAAAUCCCGGACGAAGCGAGGGAUUGGACCACACCUGUGCCGGUAUCCGAAAGCUUCUGCCGCCUGGCUUACGGUUUGUUAUUUAAAAGGAAAUGGUUCACCCAAACACCCCAAUCGAACAAUCUACGACUCUCCAAAAUGCCCCUCCCCAUUCCCCUCAACAUUCCGAAAUGGUUCCCCCGCCCCCUUCCCCCUCAGUCUUUCUGGGCUAAUUGACUUACUGGUUGCACAGGGUCCAGGAGAACUCCCAUCUCCUUCGGCCGCCCAUAAACAACUACUGUGUCUACGACGAGCACAUGACGGUGAUGGUACAGUGCACAUCCCCAAUCCAUCCUCCCUCAAAAUUGACAAACGGCGAAAAGAUCGUCGGGGGCCCCAAUGCCCGGAAUGACUACCACAUCAACGAAACGCCAGAGUGGUUCUUCCAGUACAAGGGCGACAUGCUGCUCAGGGUGGUUGAGGACGGCGGCAAAUUCAGGGACAUACGCAUCGGAGAGGGGGAACUGUUUUUGCUUCCCCGUAAGACGCUCCCAUGCCACCGCUUCCCCAUCGUGCAUCCUGCUAACGGGUGGUGGCAUAACGGCUAGCGAAUGUCCCGCAUAAUCCCGUUAGAUUCGCCGAUACCGUAUCGCAUUCCCUAAGAGCCUACUCGUACAAACAUUGCACAGGAAGUGGGCUAAUGGCUGGGGUGAUAGGUUGGCAUAGUGAUUGAGCUGAAGAGACCGCCACAGAGCCUCGAUCGUCUGCGUUGGUAUUGCCCGGACUGUAAGAGUGUGGUGCACGAGGCGGCCUUUCACUGCACGGAUUUGGGCGUUCAGAUCAAGGAAGCUGUCAAUAGGUUUAAGGAGUCGGAGGGGUUGAGGAGGUGUGCCAAAUGUGGGGGCAUGGCGACGGCGGCGUCGGCUGCUGUUAGGGAUACCUGACUGGGAGAGGUUUGGGUUGGCUAGCUAGCUUGGGUUUGAUGGGAGGGAGAGAAGGGGAUAUUAGUGAACGUGAAUGUGAAUAGGAAUUGGGAUUGGGAGUGGAUUUCGGUUUGGCCUUGUGGCUACUAUCAUACCAUCAUACACAAUAUGAUAACAUUAUAUAUGGAGGGUUAAUU